CAUAUAGCUGCGUCAAUGCGUGAGAGAGUGAGCAGGUGUUUGUGUUAAUAUUUUUUUUAAUUCUAUUUUACUGUAUACCUGUCUGACUCCAAGAAACACUUAAAAUGUACGGUUAUUAAUGAGGGUAUUUAUACAACAGCAAUACCAAUAAUAAUACUGAGAAAAAUCAUAAUCAUUAUUAUAAAUCAGUCAUGCCAUUUUUCCCCCCCUGAAAAAUUAAGCAUGUUAACUGCAUGAAUGAAACACACACACACACACACACACAUAUAUAUAUGAAUAUAUAUAUGGAUUAUUGUAAAAAUUAUGAAUAUUAACUUAUUUAUAGUCUCAUAUAUAUAGACGCAUUUUUUAUUCAUCUACUUACAUUACGAUAAUAGUAUCAAAUUGAGUGACAUUUCGCCGGAACAAAAGCGGAAUAUAGUCAGUACUGUUUAAAUUACUAUAAAUAAGAAUGCACCAAAGAAUAAUAACACAAAUAGUAUAGGAUCAUGUAAAAACACCCAAUACAAAAAAGACAUGCAGAAUUGAUUCGGAAAAAAACAGAACUCUAACAAAUUGCAAUAACUUUCCGAAUAUUUUGCCUUUUUUCUAAAUUAAUUAUGUAACGCCCGUACGGUCCCAAAAAUCCAUACGAAUUUUCAAUCGUCUAUCGCACAAAAUAAUUUCGAAUUGAUGACACAAUUUAAUAACGUAUUAGUUGAUUAACUAACAAAAAAAAAAAAAGAUGCUACUUACCACCUGACGGAUGACGGAAGCGUCAUCAUUAAUUAGGAGAACUAUAAAUAGCAACCCACACUUGUGAUAAGUACUAUCACUAAAAGUGACUCGAGUGAUAUAAGAUUUGAUGUCUUUUUUGGAAACAGGCUGCAUCCAACUUGAGCUUUGUGGGAACUCCCUUCACAUUCUUAACACUUGAUAUCUUGGAGUUUGGGAAGGGGGGGGCGGAUAAAAAAAAAUAAAAAGAGGAAGAAGAAGAACUCAGGUGGACACAGUUGAAAAAGGAAGGCAGCCAAUCAGAACGCCGCCUCCCCUUUUGGCCAAUGACAGGCGCCACAUUGUUGUCAAAUUGCUCUAAUGAAAACGUGAGCGCAACAAUAGUGAAGGGAGAGAGCGCUCUGUAGCCACUGACGCUCUCUGGAGGAAGUUAGUGUCUCACACGCACGUACACGCACGCGCUGGUCCCGGAGCUCCUCUUUUUCGGGGGGCGAUUUCAACGAUUAUCACUCGGUCGGUGCGGUAGAAGCGCUCCGCGGAAUCGCUCGCGUUCAUUCGUUCAGCCAGCAAUGGAUCUCAGAGCGGAGAUGCAGCCCGCCGUCUCCUCGUCGGCCUCGGUCUCCGCCGCUCAAGUGGCCGCGGUGGCUUCCAUCCCGGUGUCCAUGGCGAGCAGCCUCCUGCGCGGGCCGCCGCUCCUGUUGCGCGCCGCCGACAAGUACCCGCGCACGCCCAAGUGCGCGCGGUGCCGCAACCACGGCGUGGUGUCGGCCCUGAAAGGUCACAAGCGCUACUGCCGCUGGAAGGACUGCAUGUGCGCCAAGUGCACGUUGAUCGCCGAGAGGCAGCGAGUCAUGGCGGCCCAGGUGGCGCUGCGCAGGCAGCAAGCGCAGGAGGAGAACGAAGCCCGGGAGCUGCAGCUGCUCUACGGCACCGCCGAGGGACUCGCCCUUGCAGCUGCCAACGGCAUCAUCCCGCCCAGGCCGGGCUACGAGGUCUUUGCCACGGUGGGCAGCGACAACAGCAACUCCGCUGACUCGAGCGUGCAGAAGUUCGACUUGUUCCCAAAGGGCCAAGCAUCUGGCCCUUCCACGCCACAGCAGGCUGGCGGCACGCAGACGCCCGCAGAGAGCGACGCCCCGGGCCUUUCAUCUCCAGACGCUCGCCACGGAGGAGGCGGAGCUUACGGCUCCGAGAACGGAGACAGCGAGUCGUUCAUCCACUCGCCGGUGACCAAGCCUUCGAAAGACGGCGGCGAGACUCCCUGCAGGUCCGUCAGCUCCCUGUGCUCGGACUCCGGUUCCGAGACUGACAAGGACGAGCGGGAGCCUUCGCCGUCCCCGUCGCCGUCCUCCGCGGGCUCCAGGCAAAUGCACGCCCUCAACAUCCUUACCCGGGUGUUCCCCAGCCACAAGCGCAGCGUGCUAGAGCUUGUCCUGCAGGGCUGUGGCAAGGACGUGGUGCAGGCCAUCGAGCAGAUCCUCAAUAACCCGACUCAGGGCAGCCAGCACAAGUCCGGCUCCGAGGAGACUUGGAGCGCGGAGAGGCUGCUGCAAAGCUCGCAGCCACCUCCUUCCACCUCCUCGUCCUCGUCUUCCUCGGCUCCAGCCCCAAUUCGACCCAUGCUGCCCGGUGCCAUGACGCUCAGCAACCGCUCGGCCUUCUCGCCCCUGCAGCCCAAUGCCCCCCACUUCGGAGCUGAGCCGAGCGCUUACUCGCUAGGAACCCACCUGGGACUCAACCCGUUGCGGCUGGCCUACUCAGCGCAUAGCCGCGGCCUGGCCUUCAUGACGCCCUACUCUACCACGGGCCUCAUGCCCACCCUGGGCUUCAGACCCCCGAUGGACUAUGCCUUCAGCGACCUCAUCCGGGACAGGACGAUGUUGCACAAGGAGCAGGGCUACGCCGGAGGCCUGUACGGGCCUCUGGUCAACAACACGCCGGACAAACAGUGACCGCACACAUACACACACACACACACACACACACACACACACACACACACACACACACACACACACACACGCACAGUAAACACAGGUUCCAUUGUAUUUGUGGCCACAAGUGUUUGAAUGUUGGCAAAAAAAAAUGUGUUGUGUUUUUGGCUGUGGGCGACUGUAAAUAAAUCUGGCUUGUAGUCAAGAGACUCAUUUGACUUUAUCUUAAAUUCUCUAAAUUCCAUGACAAUUCUGCAGGAUAUUAAAAAAGAAAAACUGCAAAUCAUGUUUAAAUAAGGUUUUAAACAGCAAUUGAGAAAUCAAUUAAAUUUUCCAAAUUAAACUGCAGUUUUCAGAGACUCAUUAAGUUAUUCUAACUGGCGCAUAUUAACCCUUUUUAAGAUGUUCCUGUUGUAAAAGUUAAACUAAUUGAUGUAAAGAAAAACUACAUGAAAGGACAUUUUGUCUUCUAUGUAAUUAUUGUUUCACUUUUGUUUUUGUAUCUACUUUCUUUUCAACUGCCUGUAUUGCAUCUAGUGUGAGGGCACGCGGCGCUACUUUGACUUUCAUUUAAUCUUUUAGUGACAUUAAAGUGCAAAAUCAAGUCUGUUGCUCUUGAAACGUGCUGUCACGUUGUAUGAAUAUGCUGGGAAGAAUAAAUGUUAUUUUAAAAAAAAAAA